CGUGUGUAGUAACCGGAGCAGUGGAGCUUCAGACAGACAUGGCGGCGGACCCUCAGCCGGACUGGCUCUCCUGCCUCCCCUCCUCCUGGAGUUAUGGGGUGACUCGGGAUGGACGGAUAUUCUUCAUCAACGAAGAAGCCAAGAGUACAACCUGGCUGCAUCCUGUUACCGGAGAAGCUGUGAUCACUGGUCACAGAAAAACUCCGGAUUUACCAACAGGAUGGGAGGAAGGAUACACGUUCGAAGGCGCCCGCUGCUUCAUCAAUCAUAAUGAGCGAAAGGUGACCUGCAAGCACCCGGUGUCAGGCGUCCCGUCACAAGACAACUGCAUCUUUGUGGUCAACGAACAUGUGAGUUGUGGAAAACUUGUCCACCCUGACAAGCCCACAGAGUCCCUCGUCAGGCCGGCGCAGAAGAAUUCCUCUGAGCAGGACAGCGGCAGCAGUGACAAAAAAGAGCGGCCCAUGAGCACCAUGAGUGAAGCGUCAAACUACACCGGUGGCUCAGACUACAGCACCUUCAAUGCCAGCCCCGCCACUGCCGUCUCUACCUCCACCUCCUCCACACGGCCAUCGAGGUCUUCCAAAAAAGUCCACAACUUCGGCAAACGGUCCAAUUCCAUUAAGAGGAACCUGAAUGCACCUGUGGUCAAGAGCAACUGGCUCUACAAGCAGGACAGCACCGGCAUGAAGCUGUGGAAGAAGAGGUGGUUUGUCCUAUCUGACAUGUGUCUCUUCUACUAUAGAGAUGAGAAGGAAGACAGCAUCCUGGGAAGUAUUCUGCUUCCCAGCUUCCACAUCUCCAUGUUGUCUGUGGAUGACCACAUAAGCAGGAAAUACGCCUUUAAGGCCACACACCCAAACAUGCGCACGUAUUAUUUCUGCUGCGACACAGCCAAAGAGAUGGAGUCCUGGAUGAAGGUCAUGACCGACGCUGCCCUUGUCCACAGUGAACCAGUCCGCAGGCUGGACAAGUUGAAAGUGGGCCAGCGGUCACCUCAGGAGAUGAACAACCUAAUGAAUCACAGAUCUCUGACUCGGCCUGAGAUCCAGAACAACGAAAGGAACCGCGAGCCAGUGCGACAACACUCCCUUACACGAGCCGACGACAAACGACAAAAGAGUGUGGAGAGACACAACAGCCAUAGAGAGUAUUACACACUGCAGAGAGAUGGCGAGAGUCUCUCCUUAAAGAAGGACGGGGUGAGCUACAUGCUGCAAAAGGAUGGAGAGAAGUACCUGUUCCACAAAGAUGGAGAGAAGUACAUGCUGAGGAAGGAUGGUGAUAAAUACUCGUUGCAGAAGGACAGUGACUUGUAUGCCAUCCAGAGGGACCUGGAGAAGUACGCAGCUCAGAAAGUGGAUGAAAAGUACACUCUGGCAACGACGGAGGAGAAAUAUGCUCCCAAUAAAGACGGAGAAAAGUACUUAGUAGCGAAGGACGGAGAGAAGUAUGCACUUCAGAAAGUAGGGGAUCGUCAUACGCUCCAAAGAGAUGGACCCAAGUAUGUUCCUCAGAAGGAUGUGAAGAGGUCGCUGUCACUGAGAGAGACAGAGAGCAAGUACGGAACUAUACAUGUAGUGGAUAAAUAUGGAACUCUGAAGGAGGUGAGGAAGUACAGCACGCUGAGGGAAGGAGAUAAAUAUGCAACCAUGAGGGACGCUGAGAAGUUUGCAACAUUGAGGGCAGGAGAGAAAUACGGCUUCCAGAGGGACCACAGUGGCGAGAGGACGUUGACCAAAAUCAGCAGUAUUAAACUGCAGCCAGCUCAGGCUGCUGCCAUCGCAGCCGCUGUCUCUGCAUCCCGGCAGGGUCAGACCGCCCUGGUCCUGCAGAAGCCCCCACAGGUCAAUGGGUCAGGAUCUGUGACUGAGGAUGUGACUGGCAGCUGUAGCCCCGGAGAGCUAGAGCACUGCAGAACAGCAGCAGCGACACCGGCACCAGGGCAGGAGCCAGAGAGAGGCCUAUCCAGAACCAACUCCAUGCAGCAGCUGGAGAACUGGGUCCGCACACACAGGACCAGAGGAGUGGAUGACGAUGCCCGCAGUGUGACCUCCUACCAGACGUUACCUCGCAACAUGCCUAGUCACCGGCCACAGAUGGUUCCUCGCUACCCUGAGGGUUACCGCACACUGCCACGCAACAGCAUGAUGAGGCCCGACAGCAUAUGCAGCGUUGCAGGCUCCGUGUAUGACAGGGCUCUCCGCCCUGCCUCCACCAGCACCGUGACCUCGGCGGAGAAGAGACGGUCGAUGAGGGAUGACACCAUGUGGCAGCUGUAUGAGUGGCAGCAGAGGCAAGCCUUUUCACGGCAGAGUUUGGCCCCACCUACAGCCGCUGGUCAUUACGGAACUCUACCCACAACCAAGACCAUGGGGAACAUCUCAGAACACGCCGUUACCCACUCCAUCCCCACAUCGCCCUCGCACGGCACUCUGGCCCUCUACAGCACCUUCUCUCCUCCACGUCAGCAAACCCCACACAAUCCCAGCAGCUCCCACUCCGAGGUGUCCUCCCCCGUCUUCAGGGAAGACGUGACCUUGGACCGUCGGCACAGAACCCAGUUGGCUAAGUACGGCUACCCACUUGACCGCAGAUCCAUCGCAGCGGGAGUUCCUGCACAACCCAUCACUCCUCAGUCCCUGCAAGGCAAAACGCCCGAGGAGCUGACCCUGAUGCUGAUCAAGCUCCGCCGACAGCAGGCGGAGCUCAACAGUCUGCGGGAGCACACGGUAGCUCAGCUAAUGGCCCUGGGCCUGGAGGGGCCCAACCCCAAGACUGAUGUUCUGUCACAUCACCUUCAGAGGAACCUUGUUUACCUGGAGAGCCAGACCAAGGAGAAUGAGCCUCUAAUCUUCAUGAUUCACACUAUGAUCGAGAACUCGGCACCGAGGCCGCAACUCUACCAGCAAAUGAGUCCGGAGGAGUUCAAGGAUGGGUCUGUCAUGCCGCGCCCUGACGAGGCCGACACGGACACCAAACUGAGCCGAUUAUGCGAGCAGGACAAGAGUGUGAGACUGCUGGAGGAGAAACUGCAGCAGUUGCACAGAGAAAAGCACACUCUGGAGACGGCGCUGCUGUCGGCCAGUCAGGAGCUGAGUGAACAGAGCAGCUCGGACUCGCCGGCCGCUCAGAGUCUGGUCCAACAGAGAGACGUCCUGCAGAACGGACUCCUCAGCACCUGCAGAGAGCUGACCAGAAUCAACACGGAGCUGGAGCGUUCCUGGAGAGAGUACGACAGGUUGGAAGCUGAUGUCUCUCUUGCAAAGACAAAUCUUCUGGAGCAACUGGAAGCUCUUGGCAGCCCGCAGACGGAGCCUCCGAGUCAACGGCACAUCCAGAUCCAGAAAGAACUUUGGAGGAUCCAGGAUGUGGUGGAGGCUCUGAGUAAAAACAAACCUCAGCGGAGCACGGACAACAGUCUCCAUGGUUCCAAACCCCUUUCCAGCCAGCAGAAGAACGAGACAGUGAUGACGCUGCCCCUCGCUCCUCUCACCGAAGUUAACAGCGUGCCCCCACGCCCGCCCCUCCCACAGUAUUACUACACAGCGGAGCGCCCCCCUCACGUGCCCCCCCACCAUACCAACCCCGGUGGCCGAACACCACCGCACACCCAUCGCCCUGAAGAUCGCAAACCAGGCUCUAGAAAUGGAGCACACAGUCAGGGUCCAGACUACCGGCUCUACAAGAGUGAGCCUGAACUCACCACGGUGAAGGAGGAAGUGGACGAGGCCAACGGUGAAGACAAGGACAAGACUGAUGCUGCUGACGUGAAUAAGGGGACCGUACCGCCAAAAGCUGCACCCCCUUACCCUGUAGGCAUCGUCCCCCCCAGGACCAAAUCUCCCAAGAAUCAACCCGAGUCCACCACCAUCGCCUCUUACGUCACGCUGAGGAAGACCAAGAAGCCAGAACCUAAAUCUGAUCGACCCAGAAGUGCGGUGGAUCAGGCUGGUUUUGGGGAAAGAGAGACAGGCAGGACCAGGAUGAGUGUGGAGGAGCAGCUGGAGAGGAUGAGGAGGAACCAGGAAGCUUCAUCACUGCGGGAGAAGAAGCGAGAGUCAUUGUCUCGCUCACCGUCUUUCAACAGGGACAAUCCUUUUUACACUCUGCAGACUCGCUCCCACACUGAGGGGGCUUGUGCAGAUCCUCUGGCUCUGGAAGCAGCACUGCAGCAGCUCACAGCAGCUAAUGUGGAACUGAGCAAGACAUCCAGUGAGACAGCAGCGACAGAUGAAGAGCUGAAGGAGGCACCGAGAGUGGAGGAGGAGAAGGAGGAGUCGCAGCAGCAGACUCGUAACCAAGAUGACCAGUGUGAGAGCCAGAGAGUGGUCAUCAUGGACCUGGGCCUGCAGCCUCAGCAUGUGGAGAUGGUGAACCUUCAACCGUUCGAGGACGACAAGAGCACAGAGCAGGACAUGACCAGCUCUCCGACCAACACCACCACUGACAACAGCUUCCAGACUCCUGAACCCGAGACACCCAGUCCAGAACCCAAAGAAGACGAGGCAGACAUGUCAGAGAGAGAAGAGAAGCUGGAGGACAGCCUCAACUCCUAUAAACAGCUGACUGAUGACAAGAAACACAACAACAACAGCCUGUUGGCCCCACAGACGCUGACCAUGGUGAGCAACGACACGUGAACAACGCCGACCUCCAUCUCGGCAACGGCGUCCUCUAGAGCCCAAAUGUAGCCAGCCAGCACCGAGCAUGCUCCACGGCUUCCUGCGUUUACAACAUGAUACUACUGUUACAUGCCCACGAGGAGAGCCAGAGAACCCAGAGAAGGAAGAGCCAACCACAGGGACUUCUCUUUCUUUGUGUUCGAUUCACCUUGCAGACUGUGUGACAACACUCAUGUUAGGGAGUUUUAUUGACGUGCAGUUCAAGAUUUUGAAAUUCACUCUUUAAAUUUCAUAUUUUUCUGUGGAGUUAGUUUCCUUUGUCUCGUCAUAGAGCCGUAAUGACAGAGAAUGCAUGACAUCUAACUGUAUUUGAUCCUCUUUGGACACCUUUCAUUCAUUCAUUCAUAGUCAGCUGCCUUGGCCAAAUGAAACAUUCCCCUGCCAGAGUGGGGAUCCACCUUAUUCAUGUCGCCACACUUCUCCCCUGUAACCUCACCCCAGAUUGAUGGGCUUUAUAGUGCCAUCGACAGCAACCAAUACAUAAUUAGAAAGAAGAAAUACUGGGAUGUGAGAGGCUUCGGAAUAUUCGAAUUUUGACCAACAAACUUAAUUUUUCAAUUAUAAAUAUGUAUUUAGAAAAAUUGUGUAAUAAAAUUCACUUUAAAAACAUUAUGAACUUAAAAAAGUGAUUUUAAAAAGGGUGAUGUUAAAAACUCAGUCUUAAAAAGAAAAAAAUAAUUGGGGGAAAAACAAAUAGAUACAGUUGCAUUCUGCUAAUGAGAUUGCAGCCUGCGGGUAAUGUGCAGAUGAUGGAGCAUGGAGUGUGACAUGGAGUUGUAUUAACUCUUAUUUUGCCUCUGUGACAUUUGUCAAGGACUAAUACCUGAAAUGUAUCAUAGAGUGCAAGACGUAAUCUCAUUGGAUGAAUCGUCAUUUGUGUCGCGUUGCAACUAUAUGUUGCAACUGAACUGGUUUGCACUGGGUUUAUUACGCUAACUUAUUUUAUUUAACUGUUCAUGUUCAAAAUUUGAAGGGAAAAUCUGUGUGAAUUAAUUCAGUGCAAAGGAAAUACAAUGAUAGUCAUCCUCUAAAUGUCAAGAGUCUGGUGAGAGAUUAUUUCCACUUCCAUCACUGUCAGUCAUCAUGAUGGAUGUUCGUACCAUAAAAUCAGUUUACACAAAACUUUUUUUUGUCUAAGGGAGCUGGUUUUGGUUCUUCUGAGCACUCUAGUUUCCUCCCUCGAGCCUUAAAUUUGGGCGUCAUAGGAGAUUUGUGUUGGUGACUCGCAAGCAAGGGUUUAAAUCCUUUAUAUGUACUGCUUGUUGAGGACUCAGGUUUCCUUCCACAGUCCUGAAAUUAUCACUGAGGUCAGAAGUUGACUCUGAACUGUGUGUGAGUUACUUGAUAUCUGCUGAAUUUCUGGCAGCAGACCCACUUACGUUACCGAAAACUCACUCAAUGUUGGUUCCUUUUAAUACAAGUCUGUUCAUAGUCGUCAUGUCAUAGGGAAACCUUUCCAGGGUGUCCCGUGACUCUUGUGCCUCAGGAUGCUGAGUUCUUGGGACACAGGAGUCGAAGAUGAAUGAAUGAAUGAAUAGUUGACUAAAUUACACAACCUAACUAAUGCAGUUUUAAAGUCUUGAAUGAUGCUACAGGACUAGACCUUCCUACCGUGGUGUUUCCGACUACAUAAACACGUGUCGCUAUAGAGAACAUUUGCUCCUUUACCUUACUAUAAAUAGAAUAUUGCGGUAUUUGACGUGAGCGUGUCGGCUGAAGGUGUACAGUUGUAAAUAGUAGCACGUGAGACGGGCUAAGCACCAAAUCUACACACAUGCAGUGCUUUACUUUUCACCCUCAAGUGACCACCAGUAUUUUCUAACUUUCACUCCAGUGAGGGCUUUUCUUUGUCACCUGUGACACAUCUCCUCUGUCUGGAAACAACGCCGUUCUAUAUCAGACGUAUAGAUAUGAAGAUAACGCCGAUUUCUACUUGGACAAGGUGCCACUUCAUGCUGCUUUCCUCCAUUUUUGUACACAAGCCAACUACUUUGCAGAUGAUGUGACUAUUUAUGUUGAUGGCGUGACUCUUGUGUUGGAUGACACAAACCGUACGUGAAUGUUUUCUAGUUUCUAGGUUUUUAUUUUCCUCCUGUCUUGGGUUUACUCACAUGGAGAGGAGGCGGACAAUGAAUCUCGGAGGCGACGAAAUAGCACAUGUACGAAGCAAUAAGGACUUUGGAUCUCCGAGAGGUAGAAAAAAAAGGAUUUAAAAGAGAUGUAUAAACUGUAAAAAAGAAAAUAGAAGACAUAGAAUAAUUUAUGUACACACUGAAAAAAAGAAGAGUGAAUAUAUUAUAACGAGAGCUUAUUAUUAAUAUUAUUAGAAUCAAUAUGCAAAAAGUUCAUACCCCAUCUGUUUUAUAUCAUGUGAAAUAAAUGUUGAUGUUCUUAAUAACACAGUUGUUGCUGGUUUUGUGUUUAAAAUUGUGGGCUU